AAAUAAAAUAAAAUAAAACCCUAAUUCUCUCAUCCUCUUCCCACCGCCGCUAUCUGGUGAAGGCCACUGAGAUGAAUAUUAUCAGACGGCUGGUGCCCAUCAAGUAUGGUUCUCAACCAGCCAAGAAUUCAUGUAAAGCUUCUCUGUCUCGAUUAUUGCACGACGGUUCAGUUGAGGUCAAUUCCCAAGAACAUGAAGUUGUCAUUGCAUUGGGAAGCAAUGUAGGGGACAGGCUGAAUAACUUCGACAAUGCUUUGGAUAGAAUGAAGAAAUCGGGCAUUCGAAUUACCAGACAUGGUUGUUUGUACGAGACAGAGCCUGCAUAUGUAACAGAUCAGCCACAUUUCCUCAAUUCUGCUGUAAGAGGAAAAACUAAGCUCGAUCCUCAUACAUUGCUGGCUGUGCUGAAGGAGAUCGAGAGGGACAUGGGUCGAACUGCCGGCGGCAUUCGAUACGGUCCGAGGCCGAUCGAUUUGGACAUAUUGUUCUACGGGAGCUGGAGGAUCAACACAGAUGAUCUUACAGUGCCUCAUGAGAGGAUUUGGGAGAGGCCCUUUGUGAUGGGGCCAUUGAUCGAUUUGAUCGGGUUUGGAAGGGAUGAUGAUAAUGUCGAAUCUUGGCAUUCGCUGUCGGGAUGCUCGGGAGGGCUGUUCGAGGCGUGGGAGAAGUUGGGAGGCGAAUCGGUUGUCGGAAAGGACGGGAUGAAACGAGUGUUCCCGGUGGCAAACCAGCUCUGGAAUUGGUCGGAGAAGACGUCGAUUAUGGGCGUCGUGAAUGUCACGCCCGACAGUUUUAGCGAUGGUGGGAAGUAUCUCUCCGUUGAAUCUGCCGUUUCGCGGGUUCGAUCGUUGAUCGUGGAUGGCGCGGAUUUUGUUGAUUUAGGUGCGCAGUCGACUCGUCCCAUGGCAGCCAAGCUUUCUCCGGAGCAAGAACUGGAACGGCUGAUCCCUGUUUUGGAAGCGGUGAAGAAUCUCGACGAGAUGGAGGGGAAGCUAAUAUCAGUUGACACGUUUUAUUCGCAGGUUGCGCUAGAAGCUAUCGAUAAGGGCGCGCACCUUGUUAACGACGUGUCUGCUGGAAAAUUGGAUCCGGAGAUGCACCAUGUCAUCGCGUCUUGUAAAGCUCCGUAUGUUGCAAUGCACAUGAGGGGCGAUCCGGGGACGAUGCAGAAUGAGGAGAAUCUUGUUUACGAGGAUGUCUGCAGGGAUGUUGCGACUGAGCUGUACGCGAGCAUUCGGAGUGCCGAGUUGUCGGGUGUUGCUGCGUGGAGGAUGGCGAUAGAUCCCGGGAUCGGAUUCUCUAAGAACACCAGGCAGAAUCUGGACAUUCUUGCGGGACUACAAGACAUUCGGUCUGAGAUCGGGAAGAAGAGCUUGGCAAUGUCCCGGGCUCCCCUGUUAAUUGGGCCUUCGAGGAAGAGAUUCUUGGGGGAAAUAUGUGGUAGGCCAUCUGCAGCUGAUAGAGAUCCAGCCACCGUUGCUGCCGUCACUGCCGGAGUUUUGGGCGGCGCAGACAUUGUGAGAGUGCAUAAUGUAAGAGAUAACAGAGAUGCUGUUAAACUUUGUGAUGCAAUAUUGCAGAGGUAAAAGCUCAAGUUAUUGAAAUCAUUGUAUUUUGAAAAUUUUUGGUUUGAACUAAAGGGAGAAGAGAUUAGUUCAACCAUUCUAUAUGAAUUCAAAUCUUAAGUUGAUCU